AUGUCUGACCGUAUAUUGAGUUUGUUCAAGCCAUUUGAAGCUUUUCUACCAGAAGUUAUUUCUCCAGAGAGAAAAGUUCCUUACAACCAGAAAUUGAUAUGGACAGGUGUGUCUUUGUUGAUCUUCUUGGUCUUGGGUCAAAUUCCACUAUAUGGUAUUGUCUCCGCUGAGACUUCUGACCCACUGUACUGGUUAAGAGCCAUGUUGGCUUCAAACAGAGGUACUCUAAUGGAAUUGGGUGUUUCACCUAUCAUUACUUCUUCCAUGAUCUUCCAAUUCUUGCAAGGUACUCAAUUAUUGCAAGUUUCCCUAGACAGUAAGGAGGACCGUGAACUGUACCAAAUUGCUCAGAAAGUUUGUGCCAUCAUCUUGACUUUCGGACAGGCUUUGGUCGUCGUUAUGACUGGUAACUACGGUUCUCCAUCUGACUUGGGUAUUGCCAUUUCCCUUUUGUUGAUCUUUCAAUUGAUGUUUGCCUCCUUCAUUGUCCUAUUACUGGAUGAAUUGUUGACUAAGGGUUACGGUUUAGGCUCCGGUAUUUCCUUGUUCACUGCUACUAACAUCGCUGAAAACAUCUUCUGGAAGGCCUUUGCUCCAACCACUGUUAACUCUGGUCGUGGUAAGGAGUUCGAAGGUGCUGUCAUCGCGUUCUUCCACCUGUUGGCUGUUAGAAAAGAUAAGAAGAGAGCACUUGUUGAAGCCUUCUACAGAGAAAACUUACCAAACAUGUUCCAAGUCAUUGCUACUGUUUUUGUCUUCUUAUUUGUUCUAUACUUGCAAGGUUUCCGUUACGAGUUGCCAGUUAAGUCUACCAAGGUUAGAGGUCAAAUGGCUAUCUACCCAAUCAAGUUAUUUUACACUUCCAACACUCCAAUUAUGUUGCAAAGUGCCCUUUCUUCUAACAUCUUCUUAAUUUCCCAAAUUUUGUUCCAAAAGUACCCAUCCAACCCAGUUAUCCGUUUGUUCGGUGUUUGGGGUAUUAGACCAGGUACUAACGGUCCUCAAGUCCCAUUGUCUGGUAUUUCUUACUACUUACAACCAAUUGGUUCUUUGAAGAUGGCCCUAUUGGACCCAAUCAAGACCGUUAUCUACACUGCAUUUGUUCUUGGUACUUGUGCUUUGUUCUCCAAGACCUGGAUUGAAAUCUCUGGUACUAGUGCCAAGGAUGUUGCUAAGCAAUUCAAGGAACAAGGUAUGGUCAUUAAUGGUAAGAGGGAAACAUCUGUCUACAAGGAAUUGAAGAAGAUCAUUCCAACUGCUGCUGCUUUUGGUGGUGCUACCAUUGGUGCUUUAUCUGUUGGUUCUGAUCUUCUAGGUGCCUUGGGUUCUGGUGCUUCCAUCUUAUUGGCUACCACUACCAUUUACGGUUACUACGAAGUUGCUGCCAAAGAAGGUGGCUUCACUAAAAACUUAGUGAACGGUUUCUCUGAGAUGAUGUAA